GACCCGCUUCCGCCCCGCAGGACCCGCCGCCGCGGUCAUGAGUCGCUUUAAGUUUAUAGAUAUUGGUAUCAACUUGACAGAUCCUAUGUUCAGAGGGAUUUAUAGGGGAGUUCAAAAACAUCCAGAUGACUUAGAGGAUAUAAUACAGAGAGCUGUCCAGAUUGGUGUAAAAAAGUUUAUGAUUACAGGUGGAAGUCUGCAAGAGAGUAAAGACGCACUGCAUUUGGCACAAACAAAUGACAUGUUUUUCAGUACAGUUGGAUGUCAUCCUACAAGAUGUGAUGAAUUUGAAAAGAACAACCCUGAUCUUUACUUAAAGGAGCUGCUAAAUCUUGCUGAAAACAACAAGGGGAAGGUGGUAGCCAUAGGGGAGUGUGGGCUCGAUUUUGACCGACUACAGUUUUGUCCCAAAGAUACUCAGCUCAAAUAUUUUGAAAAACAGUUUGAACUCUCAGAACAAACAAAAUUGCCAAUGUUUCUUCACUGUCGAAACUCACAUGAUGAAUUCUUAGACAUAAUGAAAAGAAACAGAGAUCGAUGUGUAGGUGGGGUGGUGCAUUCAUUUGAUGGUAGCAAGGAAGCAGCAGCUGCUUUGAUUGACUUGGAUCUCUAUGUAGGAUUUAAUGGUUGCUCACUGAAAACUGAGGCUAAUUUGGAAGUUUUGAAGUCAAUACCUAGUGAAAGACUAAUGAUUGAGACAGAUGCACCUUGGUGUGGAGUCAAAAGUACACAUGCUGGAUCAAAAUACGUAAAGACUUCAUUUCCCACCAAAAAGAAGUGGGAAAACAGGCACUGUUUGAAAGAUAGAAAUGAGCCCUGCCAUAUAAUUCAAAUACUGGAGAUAAUGUCAGCAGUAAGAGAUGAGGAUCCCCUGGAAUUAGCCAAUACACUGUAUAACAACACCAUGAAAAUAUUUUUUCCUGACAUGUAACUGCUAUAUCUUCCAUUUUACAUCAUGUCUGUAAAAUUUCAUGGUAAAGUAUAUCAAAAGUUUUAAUAAAGGAAUCUGGAUUUAAAGACACGUUAUAUAUUGCUGUACACCAUCACCCUCAUUUUUAUCCAUAAAGUCAGAUCAGGAUUGUUUUAAUAUCACCACCUUUAAUGUCUUAGUUUAAAACAAUGAAAAACCCCCAAGUGUUUCAUCUUGUAAUCUCUUCAGAAGUCUAAAGGACAAUGUUAUGUCAGUGCUGCAAACACAGAACGGCUAACAAACAUACUGAUUUUUACAUCAAAAUUACACAAUUAGCACAUUCUGGUUUAUACCAAAGUUUACUCACACAAUCUCUGAAUCAUGACUUUCGAAGCCGGCUCAAUUACAGUGCUACUCUCAAAUUUCAAAAAAGUGUCUCAAUCAUUUCUGGCAGACUUUUUUCCUGAGUUGUAAAAUACUUCAUGUAUAGCCUUUAUCCUUUGGUCCAAAUUAUUUUAUUUCCUUGAUUUAAUGCAGUUUCCUCUGAGAAGCAUUUUCCCACCCAUUUUAAAGAAAAACUACGUUCCAGAAUUAGAGAGAGAUACUUUCAUUGAGGAAUCUUUGGCACAGUUGACGCACCAUAUUAUUACAUCUAUUAAAAAGCUAUUUGUUCAAAUUUUGUCAUAAAAACGUGAAAACAUUUUAUUCUAUGUACAAUAAUGUACACAAAUUUAAAUAGGUCACCAAAGAGACCAGAAGUAAUUAAAGAGGUAUAUUUACAGUAGCACAUCACAGUAAACGGAAAACCAUUCACAGAUUCAACAUUGAUACUGUUUUUGUGCUUGGUUACACAUUAAAGUGAAGCAUAUUACUCCGUUUUGGAUGAACUGAAUUUUAAACAAAUACCUCAAUGAUUAGUAAAUGCUAUUUUAAUCAGUAUCAUCAUUAAUAAAUUCUUCAGCUGCUGCACCUGUGUGCUGAAUCACUCCAUUUCUUUCUCUUUGCACAUCAUCAUCAUAAUCUGUACUGUCAUCUUCGUUCAACUCCCUGUCAGAUUCAGCAGCAGCAGCAGCAGCAG